CCGGACGGAUAGUAACAUCCGGGAUGUACGUCACGACGGGACUCCGCCGUGAUUGAUCAAAUCCCAUCGUUUUAAUCCUCCGUGACCAAUGACCGAGUCGGUCGAGAUCACGACUGUGGGAGAGUAAACGGUGGAAAUCGAGUCCGUUCGAAAAACGUUCGAGAGGAAGAUCCUUGGAUGAUGUGGGAGAUGAAAAGCGUGCGCGCCAUCAUGCAGCGGAAGAAGCAGCGAGUCCGCCAGACGCACGAAUAUCCGAUUCGCUCUGAUUGCGGAAGGUGUAAAGCCACGGUGAACGGAGAUAAUUGCCUGACAGUUGGUAACCCUGUGCCAACUGUGAUCGGAGAAAACGUGCGAGGUGUCGUGGUGUCCGCGUUCGAAACGCCGAGGGGAAAGUCUCGCAGUCUCGUUUUUACGUUCGUUUCGCCGGGCGAGUGACGUGAAGCGACGUGACGAGUGGUAGAAAAAGAGAGAGACCUGACGGUGGUGUUAUCAGAUAGAAGUAAAGGAAAAAUGGACAGGUACGCGACGUGGCUGUCCCUGUUGUACGUGUCGGGGAGUGUGCUCUUAGCGCACACGAGCCACGUAGCCGGCUCGACGACGAUACGCGGUGUACCGUUGGCGAUGAGAUCGAUGUACAGCCCGAGUCGCGAAUUUUUCGAAUGCUUAGACGGCAGUAUGCUGAUACCGUUUUCAAACGUCAACGACAACUACUGCGACUGUGCGGACGCCAGCGACGAGCCCGGCACGUCGGCAUGCGGUAACGGCAUAUUCUAUUGCGAGAACGCCGGCCACCAACCGCAUUACGUGCCGUCGUCCUGGGUCAACGACGGCGUGUGCGACUGUUGCGACGCGAGCGACGAGUACGACUACCCGUCCGAGUCCAAGUGCCAAAACACAUGCCACAUAUUGGCGAAGGAAGCGAAACUGGUGCAGCAAAAAGCGGAGCAGCAGGCGCGCGACGGCAACAAGGUGCGCCUGGAGAUGGUGAGCAAGGGCAAGGCCAUCAAGGCGGAGUAUCGGUCGCAGUUGGUGAAGCUCAGGGCGAGUUACGAGGAGGCGGAGCUGAUGAAGAAGGAGAAGGAGAUACUGAAGGCGCAGACGGAGGAGAGGGAGAAGUUAGCGUUGGAAAAGUACAAACCAGCUGAGCCGGUUACUGAGGAGGAGUCGUUAGUGGCUUCGGAAACUAGAAUGUUAUUGAUCGACCCUGAAUUGGAAAAAUGUUUCCGUAUUCUGGAUGAAAACAAUGAUGGUACACUGACAUUGCAUGAAGUGGAACAGAGAGUCCUCGAUGGCAAGAAUAUCCCUUCGUCUGUGACAGUGCACGAUUCAAAGUACGUUCUGUUUGGCCAGUUGGCUGGCACAUGGGAUGAAUUCUUGAGUAUGGCACGGGAAAAGGAGCACCAUGAAGUAAAACUUGCAGUGGAAAAGAUUAAGGCUAUAGCAGGAUAUCCCAUACGCGAGAUUUCAGAUGACGAAGGAGAAGAAGGAGAGGAAGACGAAGGCGAUAUUGGCGAAAGAGAGGAGGAGGAAACGGAAUCAGACGCGGAAGCAGAAGCAGAAACAGGGGUAGAGAAGGAAACAGAAGACACGAUUCAGUAUGAUGAAGAAACGCAGGCUUUGAUCGACGAGGCGAACAGUGCUCGCGAACGCUUACAGGAGGCCGAGAAGGCCGUGAGCGAGUUGCAGUCGGAAAUCAACCAGCUGGAGGUGAAACUGCGCCACAACUAUGGGCCAGAUGACGAGUUCGCGUCGCUCCACGGCGAGUGCUUCGAGUACACGGACAUGGAAUACAUUUACAAAUUAUGCCUGUACGACAAGGCGACCCAGAGGUCUAAGUCGCACGGCGGUAGCGAAGUGAAUCUUGGUCAGUUUAACAGGUUUGUCGGGCCGACUGGCAACAAAUUCUCCAGAAUGGAGUACGAUAAGGGGCUCACCUGUUGGAACGGCCCGCCGCGUUCUACGCUCGUCACUCUGUCUUGCGGAACGGAGACCAAGCUCAUCUCGGUGACGGAGCCGAGUCGCUGUGAAUACGCCAUGGAGCUGACCACGCCGGCUCUGUGUAGAACAGACAGUAUAGAGACCGCCGACGCGCAACAAACGCCCGACGUGCAACAGACUCUCGACGAACAACCAACGUCCGACGAGCAACACGCGCAUGACGAAUUGUAAACGGUUGCUCUGUCGUUUAGUGAAAUGCGAAACGCGCGAGAUCACACGUUCAAAGUGAGUGUCGAGCACUUAUGGGCCCUUGGCUGGCCGUGAGACGAGAUUGCAAGGAUUGAUAAUGUUGUAAUCACAAGGAUUAAUUAUAAGGAAUCAUGAUAUAUGACAAUUCGUCGGGUCGUUUUUUCAUGCAAAACCUUUGCAAUGCGAUCGUGUAUAAUCAGCGACGCUAUUCCAAACGCUACCGCAAGUCACUGACGGGCGAUAAAGCUCCCCGUGAAAAUUUCAUAGCCAUUUCGAGUCGAAGGUGAUACCUUAUCAGCGAGUAUUUUUAGCAGCGAUACUUAGUAUUCACUUGGGUGAAACGACGUUAUGUGUUACUUAUUAAUUGUAAAUUACCAAUUGGCAAUUUAUCAAUCGUCUCGACGUUGCGUAAUCUCAGUGAAAUUGAAACGUUAAAAAAUGUAAUGAUUGACCAGAUUCUGAGAUUUGGUACACCGAGUGAGAUUACUGAACUCAUCAGAGCCUGAUUAUUUGUUACAUCAAUAAAAAAAUUCGAUCGAUUCUUUAUUACGUGACUCUUGUAUAUAAAGAAAAUGAUGUGAAACCUUUUGAUUAUUCUAUCGUAUAAUUGCCUGUUUUAAUAAUUCAUGUUGGGAAAAAAUAAAAUGAUUGAGAAUGCUCAAGUAUCUCUGCUUGAAAUUGUGCUACCUAUUAAUAAAUUUAGUGCUAAUUAACGAUCCAACUGUCACAGUUGCAAUCAAUUUACUCGUCCUUGCAACCUCGCCGAGUCCGUCGACUUAGUAUUGAAUGGAGCAAGUUCGUUAGCGAUAACCGAAAUAAUUAUCCUUAUCUCAUUCUGCAAAGUCGAUAGAGUUAUUGUUAUGAGAAUCAUUGCCAACGUUAAAAGAGAGAAAAAACGAAUCUAGCUGUUACAUUCCUCCUUUUGUACACGACGCAUUUCUACGAUUGUGAUUUAAAAGUGAAUCGAGAUUUAAUGUUCACGACCGAUCAGGUCAGAUGAAACAUACUUUAUACCACUUAGCGUGCAUAGUUGGAAACGGGAGAGAUGAGAAAGAAAGAACAAACAGUUACUGUUUCCGGCGUUUGAUUAGUCACUCAUACGUACAGACUAUGCCUAAUGUCCAUCAUUGUAUACACUUAAGUCGGAUAUUUUGUAAUUUUUAAAGGUUCCGUCACGCCACGGCGUGACAUGAGUCACGAGGAUCUAUAAUAAAGAGAGAAAAAAAAUUCUGUUGUCGAACUGUAA